AGAGAACAACAGGAAAAAAGAAAAGAAUUGCCUCAUUCUCUUUCGUAGAAGAGCUUCAUCUUUCUCUCCCUCCCUCCCUCUCUUUUUCUCUCUCUCUCUCACUCCUCUUAGUGUUGUUUCUGAGCUGGCUUUUUUACGCUCGUGUGUGAGAGUUCCAGUGAAGGACUGAUAGUGUGUCAGUGUGUAUAUCAGGGUGUGUGUGUGUGUUUGAAUGCGUGGGCUCCAUUACCGUCACACGAAAGCUGCUUUCUGACUUCUGUCUUAUUUGGAAGACUCAGUGUAUAAGUACUGGAGUGUGUUUGUGUGUGUAUUUGUGACCAAUGGCUAUGCUACAGCGGGGCUUGAAGACGUUGGCACGGCGACCAGAUAACUCUGCAUUUAAACAGCAGCGUUUACCUGCUUGGACACCAUCUCUCACAGCACACACUGUUCUUCCUAUUUUCUUCUGCCUCUCCUUGGUGUGUAUGUUACUUGGAGUUUGGCUACUCAUUACCGUACAGCAAACAUAUCAACUGAAGAUGGAUUAUACAGAUACAAACUCGUGUAGUAAAUGUUUUGACCUUCGUAAAAACAGCUCCAAGGCUCAGGAGAUCUGCCACUGCACUGUUAGCCUCACCAUUCCAGAGGAUGUGAUGGGUGAUGUAUUUUUCUAUUAUGGGCUGAUUAACUUCCAUCAGAACCUUCGCAGAUACAUGACCUCACGGGACAUUGCCCAGACUUUGGGGAGGAAGAGAAGUCUAAAGUCUCCAAGCUCCUACUGUGCUCCCUUUAAUUAUGAUGAAAAUAAGGUCCCCAUUGCACCGUGUGGAGCGGUGGCCAACAGCAUGUUUAAUGACUCGUUCACUGUGAACUAUCACCUGAGGGAUGGUUCCACGGUACCAGUUCCACUCUAUAGGAAGGGCAUCACCUGGUACACGGACAAAAACGUCAAAUUCCGCAACCCUAAAUCUUCCAAUGAAACACUUGCUCAGAUAUUUAAUGGUACAUCACGUCCACUGUUUUGGCAAAAGCCAGUUUAUGAGUUGGACCCGAGUGACCCAAACAAUAAUGGCUUUAUUAACGAUGACCUGAUAGUGUGGAUGAGGGAGGCCGCAUUUCCCAACUUUAAAAAGCUGUAUGGGAUUCUGAACCGAUCUGAAAGGCCCUUCACAAGUGGUCUGCCAGCUGGGAAUUAUAGCAUAGACAUUACUUACAAUUUUCCCGUUCAAUAUUUCCGCGGCAGGAAGGAAGUGGUGAUUUCUACAGUGACCUGGUUUGGGGGCCAGAAUCACUUCCUGCCAAUCGCAUAUCUUGUAACAGCCGGGUUGAUCUUCGUGACCGCGGCAGCUCUCACCGCUGUCUACCUGAAAGUGGGCAAAAAUGGAAAGAACAUGGAGGAGUGAAAGAAAUGAAAGGACACGGACGAGUAAGAGAAAUGAGGGAGACUGAAAAACUGAGUUUAGGAGGAGGCUGGAAGAUGAUGGAGGGGUGUGGUAAGAUCUAUCACACUAAACGAGUACGUUAGGAAUGCCACUGGACACAAACCCCGUGUCGCUCACGAGUGAUUUGUUAAAAAAAAAAAAAAGGACGGGAACAACUUCCUAUUAUUUUCAUGUUUUAGUUCAGUGCAGAAUAUUGAUUAUUAGGUUGUAGAAUUUCAAGCUAAUCAAACUUUCACUGUAGCAAAAUUUGACUUUGUCCUUGCACAUGGGAUGAAGGGUAGGAAUUUAACUUUAAAGCAGAAAUCUGAUUCUGAUUCUAAAUGCCCAUCAUGUUUAUAUCUUUUUUAUGGCAUUGUUUUUAAUUAAUUGAAGAAAAAAGGAGUGUCACAGCUUUAGUACAAUUGCAGCUUAGUCGCUGAGGCUCUCUCUCUCUCUCUCUCUCUCUCUCUCCCUCUCUCUAUUGCUGCAGUCACUGCUGUAAUACUGCACACCAGCAGAGGGCAGAAAAUGGUGAAUUCAAAUAGUCACACAACCAUACAACUCGGACUGAAUUUAAACACAACUAAUCUCAGAGUAAACACAAAUCAACUGAAUUGGAAGUGAAAUUAAUUCAAAAUGAAGUGAACUCAGCUUCCACUCAAUUCAGUUCAGUUCAACUCAGACUGAAUUUACCUCACCCCACCUCAAAUUAGACCAACAGUCAUCAAACUGAUUUAAUUUGAAAAUAUUUAAUCACGUUUGUUCUCUUGCGUGCAAGUGACUAGACAGCCAAACAAAUCUGUUCUUGAUUGUUGUAUGUAUACAUGUUGUGUAUACAUGUAUGUGUUUGUUUCUGUAAAAUUCUCAAAUCAAAUAUCUUCUCUUGGUUCCCCCUGACCAAACUGUUAUUGCAAGUCACCAAAGCCACUCCACUAACCAAGGCAGAAUGUCAUCUGCAGACAGGCUCCUGCUGGCAGUCUAGUGUCUUACAGACUGACUCACUCAACCAAUCAUCAGCAUGGAUCUCACGGACAGAGCCACCCUCUGACUGACUCAUUGUGUGUACCGAAAUAAGAGUGUGGAAAUGUGAGACACCAUGACAUAUAGAAAAUUGUAUUCAGAGAUAUUUGUUAAUGUCAUGUAAAUAAUGAAAAGGAUAGACUUAGUUGGUUAAAAAAAAAAAAACCUUGUGCUAAUCUGUAACUGUAAUGUUUUUGCAGUAACUACAGUCACUGUGAUUAAUUGUGUGCUAGCAUUUUAGAGUGUUUGGUGAAUAUAUUUUAAAUUAAAUAUUUAAAUAUAGUUCUCUAGAACCAGGCUUAAAUAAUAUUCUGUUUUUCUUGUGAAGAAGUCUGUUUC